CGUGAUGUCAGAAUUUGUUAAAGGAUUGAGAAUUAGCCGCUACCGUCACAUGACAGAUUGUUAUGGAGCAUCUCAGGCUGCGAGUGCUCCUGUUGCUACUGUGCCUAUGGAGCCUGGCGGAAAGUUGCGGCGUAGAGACAUGUAAUAAAGCACCAAACGAGUUUCUUAAUGUGCACCUCAUUCCUCACACUCACAAUGAUGUGGGUUGGCUGAAAACUGUGGACCAGUAUUACUAUGGAGCACUCAAUGAAAUUCAGCAUGCUGGGGUGCAGUAUAUUCUGGAUUCCGUAAUCCCUCAACUCAUCUCGGACCCAGGGAAAAGAUUUAUUUAUGUUGAAACUGCUUUUUUCUCUCGCUGGUGGGAGCAACAGAAUGAGGCUUUAAGAAGGGAUGUGCUUCGCCUUGUACAGGAAGGCCGCUUGGAGUUUAUAAAUGGUGGAUGGUCUAUGAAUGAUGAAGCUGCCACUCAUUAUAAUGCGAUCAUCGACCAGAUGACACUGGGGUUGCAGUUCCUGCAGACUACCUUUGGUGACUGUGGGAGGCCACGAGUAGCCUGGCAUAUUGAUCCAUUCGGACACUCCCGUGAGCAGGCCUCUUUGUUUGCCCAGAUGGGGUUUGAUGGCUUUUUUUUUGGACGUCUGGAUUAUCAAGAUAAACUGAACCGAGAACAAAUAAAGGACAUGGAGAUGGUUUGGAGGGGAAGUGAUGACUUUAUCCCACAUUUUGCUGACCUCUUCACUGGAGUUCUCCCUAAUGGUUACAACCCCCCAUCUGGUUUUUGCUGGGAUCUACUGUGUUCCGAUUCUCCUAUUAUGGAUGAUCCGACCCUGGAGGAUUAUAAUGCAGAUCUUGUUCUGAACACGUUUUUCAAGGCAGUUCAGUCGCAGUCACAGCACUAUCGUUCUAACCACAUCGUAAUGACAAUGGGGUCAGAUUUCCAGUAUGAAAAUGCCAAUCUAUGGUUUAAGAACAUGGAUAAGCUGAUUAAGCUAGUUAACUCUCAGCAAGCAAAAGGGAGUAAGGUGAAUGUCCUUUAUUCAACGCCGACCUGCUAUCUGAACGCGUUGAAUAACGCCAAUCUGAGCUGGUCUGUGAAGUAUGAUGAUUUUUUUCCAUAUGCUGACGGCCCGCACCAGUUCUGGACAGGAUAUUUCACUAGCCGCCCUGCCUUUAAACGCUACGAGAGGAUGAGUAACAACUUCCUGCAGAUUUGCAACCAGCUGGAGGUGAUAGCUGGACCAGAAUCAAGGGAUGGACCAUAUGGGACGAGCAACAGCACUGUUCUGAGGCGUGCGAUGGGCGUGGCGCAGCAUCAUGACGCUGUGACUGGUACAGCAAAGCAACAUGUAACCAAUGAUUAUGCUUUUCGUUUGUCUAAGGGUUGGGAUGCCUGCCAGGUGUUGGUCAAAAACGCUCUUUCCAAACUCACCAGAACAAAGGAGAAGUUUAUGUUCUGUAACCUGAUGAACAUCAGUGUGUGUCCCAUCACAGAGACAUCCAGUACUUUCACAGUGUAUGUGUACAACCCUCUUGGACAAAGCAUCACAUGGAAUGUUCGACUUCCUGUCAAUGGUCUAAAGUAUAAGGUCUCUGGCCCUUCUGGGGAUGUUGUGCAAAAUGAGGUGGUUGCAGUCUCUGACUUCACAAAGGCUGUCCGCAGGGAUAAAGGGACAGCUUCCAGUGAGUUGAUCUUCCAGUAUAGUGUACCUCCUUUGGGGUUAAGCAGCUUCUCAGUGGUACAGUUAUCCAGGCAAGAGAGAUUCUUCUAUAAGGGACAUACGAAAAUGAAACUGCCAAAAACAAUUGAAAACCAGUUUUAUAGGGUUGAUUUUGAUCCGGAAACAGGAUUAAUCUCUGGACUACACAAUCUGGAAAAACAAAUCUCACUGACCUUAAAACAGACUUUUUACUGGUAUAAUGCUAGUAUUGGCAACUCUGACAAUUCACAAUCAUCCGGGGCUUAUAUUUUCAGACCAAACCAGUCAAACCCAAGUCCUUUCACAAAGGUUGUCAACAGUUACAUGGUACAGAAUUCCCUAGUGCAGGAAGUAUAUCAGAACUUCUCUUCCUGGUGUUCCCAAGUUGUCAGAUUGUACAAGGGGCAGAAAUAUGUGGAGUUAGAGUGGACCUUGGGUCCUAUACCUAAUGAUGAUGGCUGGGGCAAGGAAAUCAUCAGUCGUUUUGAGACAACUCUGAAAACAGGAGGAGUAUUUUAUACUGAUGCAAAUGGUAGACAGAUCCUCAAGAGGAGGAGGGACUCUCGUGAAACAUGGAAGCUUAAUCAAACCGAGCCAGUGGCUGGAAAUUAUUAUCCUGUCAACAGCCGAAUUUAUAUACAGGAUCAAAACACUCAGUUCACAGUCUUAACCGAUCGGUCACAGGGAGGAUCCAGCAUCAACGACGGAUCGGUGGAACUAAUGGUUCACAGACGCUUGCUGUAUGAUGAUUAUAGAGGUGUGGGUGAAGCUUUGUUGGAGCCAGGAGAGUAUGGACAAGGGAUUGUGGUCAGAGGAAGACACAUUUUGCUACUGGACAAUCCCAGGGACUCUGCUGAUAUGCAUCGCCCAUUAGCUCUGCAUGAAUACAUGUCCCCCCACAUUAUCCUCUCCCCAAGUGAUUCUGUGCCUUAUUAUUCAGGACUGGAUUCUCAGAAACAGUUCUCCGCUUUAGGUGCAGAGCUCCCACAGAACGUUCACCUCCUUACACUUGCUCAGUACUCGGCAAAUUCCGUUAUCCUGCGCCUAGAACAUCCAUUCCAAGGCCACGACAGUGUGAAUUUUUCGCAGCCUGUUACAGUCAACCUGCAGACUAUGUUCUCCUCCUUCACUUUGUCUAACUUUGUGGAAACAACAUUAUCAGCAAAUCUGGAGAAGAGCAAACUGAAGCGCAUGGAAUGGAGAACGUCAGGAGAUCACAAAGCAUCCUCUCUUCCCAAUUUCAAAUCUAAGCUGGAUCCUUCUCAAGUGACUCUUAAACCUAUGGAGAUUCGCACAUUCUUGGCUACCAUCCAAUAUAAUAAUCGGCCCCACUGGGACAGUUAGCAACAAAACCUCAAAGGAUCGUACACAUGUGCAAGUCAAGGAGCCCCCUCAUUGUACAGCCCCUUUAAAUGGAGUGCCGUCACAUAGGCUACAUUUCUACAACAACAUAAAUAAAUUGUAUUUUCUUUCUCAAAAAAA